AUGACUGAUUAUAAGAAAGUGGUGUACCUUGAUGCUGAUACAAUCGUGGUUAAAAACAUCGAUGAUUUAUUCAAAUGUGGAAAAUUUUGUGCCAACUUAAAGCAUUCUGAGAGGCUAAACUCUGGUGUUAUGGUAGUCGAACCAUCUGCAAAGCUUUUCAAUGACAUGGUGAGCAAAGUGACCACAUUGUAUUCUUAUACCGGAGGUGACCAGGGUUUUCUUAACACCUAUUACGUUGGAUUUGCGAGUGCACGUGUCUUUGACCCUGAAAUUUCUCAAGAAGUGGUCAACUCUAAACCAGUUCCAGAGAUGGAGAGACUUUCAACUCUCUAUAAUGCAGAUGUUGGACUUUACAUGCUUGCUAACAAGUGGAUGGUAGAUGAGAAAGAACUCCGUGUUAUUCACUAUACACUUGGCCCUCUUAAACCAUGGGACUGGUGGACUUCUUGGCUUUUAAAGCCUGUGGACGUGUGGCAGGAUAUUAGAGAAGAACUAGAGGAGAGUCUUCCAGGAACUAAAGGAGGCAGAAAUCCACACGAUGAAUUUCUAGUGAAAUUCUUGUUCUUACUUCCAUUAUUCACUUUACUUUUCUGUUACUACCGAUCUUUUCUACAGACACGUUCUAUAUGUGAUCAUGCAAGACACAUAUACUACAAAUUUAGAUCCGGUGGCUCUCUUUCAUAUUCUGCAGUAUCUUCAUCUACCAUCAAUUCUAGUCAACAGUUUUCAAAUGGUACACAUGGAAAGGUGCCAGCUUUUCUUGGUGGGGUGUCUGUUUUCUUCUGUUUCGUAGCUGCAAUGGUGGCUCUUGGAAUUGGUUUUUCAGUUAUACCUAGACAAGUAAAGCCAUGGACUGGCUUGCUGUUGAUGUAUGAGUGGACUUUCACAAUCUUUUUUCUGCUUUUUGGUGGAUAUUUACAUUUAAUUUAUAAAUGGGGGAAAAUGGUAGCAACUCAAGGAGCAUCUUCUCGACCAGAUUAUGAUUCUGAAAAGGGUCAUCAGCGACAGGUGUCGUGUGAUGUGGCGACAUGGUAUUAUGGGCUUGGAAUGGCAUUUUUAGCCAUUGCUACCCCCGCGGUUCCUGUUUUUUUGGGGAUUACAGCUUUGUUUGCAAGGUUAGGUUUAAUGGUGGCAGGAGGUCUAAUAUUUGCAUCUUUUAUGACAUAUGCGGCUGAGCACCUUGGUAUUAAGUCGUUUGUUCGAGGGCUUGAAGAUAGGGACACAUCAAGGACAAGGAACUCAUGUUUCUUAUGCUAAUUAGAU